AUGGUGCAGAAUUCCAAUGCUGAUGCUUUUUCCCUUCUACCCGCUGGGCUGGAACUUAAUUUCAACCAACAGGAGCUCCUCUGCUUCCCCAUCAAUUCAAGUGGCAACAAACAUUUUCCCAUUGCUGCCACUCAUGUUGCCACCACCAUGGACUGGGCCUCACCUUGUGGCAGAUCCUCCGAUUUAAAGAAAAAUCAUAAUUCAUAUCACAGAAAGACAUACGUGUGGCUUUGUGGUAAUGCAACAAUUUUAUUUUCACGUGACUACUACAAGAAAUGGUUUUUUGAAAAGUUAGUCUCUCUUUCAGAGGAUCCCAUUGCCACUGUUCGUCAGCUGACAAUUCCUGUUCUUCUGUCAAUGAAAAAAAUGUGCCAAGGUCCCACUGAUCGUCAGCUCCGUAAUCUUCUGCGAAAUGCUUUUAUACGUCUGUCAAAUGAUCCAGAUGACCAAGUGAGGGACUGCCUUAAUUUUGCAGAGAUUCAGAGUGAAACAAUAGAGUGUGAUAUAGCAGAAGACCAGCGUCUUCUGACGGAGGAGCUGGCAAUAGAAGAGAGACAGCCACCUGUACGACAGAGCCGGGACUUGCCAGGAACACCACAUGUUCGCAGAGCUGGUCCUGUUACACGAAAAGAUCCUUACACAGAUCCAACAACAGUUACCAGACGCAGUUUCAGAAGCCUUUCACAACCAGAAGGUCAACCAGCACAAAGCAGACCACAUACAGGCUAUCCAGGUGGUGCUAAGGAAAAACGACAAAAUUAACAAGAUGAAGAAUACUUCAUUGUCUUCGCAUCAUAAAAUGACAGGCUGUGCUAUAACUUGCAGUGAAAAAUACCUGUGCAGUUAUAAUCAGUGUAAAUGUCUCAAAAUAGACUUUGACUUGGAACUGACUGUAUUCCACACAAAACAUGAGCAAUGUU